CGAAGUUAUUAUUUGAUCGACUAUGCUCGGCGGAAGUAUGCGAUAAGCGAGCCUCGAACAGCGUUUGGACGAUUAUUGCGUUCCUUCGCCGUGGGUAAUGAGAACUAUCAACUGCUUGAUGCUGCGCCAGUAAAACAGUCACAUGUAAGCCAAGAAACCCGAUCUCUCUUCAAGGAUGCAGUAGCGUUGCUGUUUUUCUUCGCUGGUAUACAGUGUACACUAGUGAUGAUGGGCUUCCUGCAAGAACGUAUAAUAACAAAGGACUAUCACAACAACAAUGUUGAUCAGGUUUGUGUUAUGGGUGUAUUCUAUAAGCCUGUUUUGUGA